AUGAAGAGAAAUUAUAAACGGGAUAUAAUAAAAACUGCCUCGCUUUCAAGGCUUCUUGUGAUACUCUUACAGUAUGUAUUUAACCAUAUGAUUCCUGAUCAUAAUGCAGGUGUUUUUCUUUAUCCAAAAGAAAAUGGAACGGAGUUGUCCAUGGAUAAAGCUGUUAAUCAUAUUUUUGGAGGUUUCUUGAGAUGGGAUGCUCAUUAUUUCAUGCAUAUUGCAAAAUAUGGGUACACUUAUGAAAAUACUGUUGCCUUCUUCCCGCUCUUUCCUCUACUUGGAAAUUUACUUGCUAAAUGUUUAUUUUUUUUAGAAUUUCUUAGUACAGAUUCACUCCUCCUAUUAAGUUUCAUUAUAUUAAAUUAUUUUGUUUUUAUCUACUCCGCAUUGAUGCUGUUCAAUCUCACCAAUAAAUUCUUUUCUGAAACAUUUUCAUAUUACUCCGUUAUAUUGUUUUGUUGGAACCCAGCUUCUAUAUUUUUUACUGCACCCUAUACUGAAUGUAUCUUCAGUUUUCUAACAUUUAAGUCUAUGCUCAAUUGCAUUUUACUGUAUGAAAAGUACCAUAAAUUUAGAGUAAAAAUAAGAUAUAUAGAUAUUUUUUAUUUAUUUCCGAUAGCUCUAAGUACAUUAACUAGAUCAAAUGGUUUAGUAAAUGUGGGUUUUUUUCUUUAUGUGAUCGCAUGUAUUUUUUUGAAAAAUUUCCUCAACAUAAAAGGAAACUUUUUUCUUUCUAUUAUCAAAAAGAUAUCUUUAAUCUUAGCAUUUACCAUAAUCACCUUUUUUGGCUUAAUAUUCUGCUUGUUUCUCUUCGAUUUAUUUCAAAUAUAUUGUUAUAAGUUGUUCUGCCAAAAUUUCUCAAUAUAUUUGCCAUUGGAAGUUGAAAUGUAUGCAAAACAAAACAGUUUUGUGUUGUUAGGAACGUUCAGUAAACACAAUCAAUCUUGGUGUAACAGUAAAUUACCUCUGUCUUAUUCGUAUGUUCAAAAACAUUAUUGGAAUGUGGGAUUCCUUAAUUAUUAUGAAUUCAAGCAAAUCCCAAACUUUCUAUUGGCAGCACCAAUAUUGAUGAUUUUCAUCAUUAAUUGUAAAAAAUAUAUGCUGAUUAAUUGUCCCAAGAAUAUAAUUCAAAUAUUCAAUUUUGAUAUUCAUCAACCAAGAUCGAACAUGAUUUUUGAGACUCCCCAAAUAUUUGUAUUUGUACUUCAUGGACUGAUUCUCUCUAUAUUUUGUAUAUUUUUUAUACAUAUACAAGUUAGUACUAGGUUAUUAUGUUCUGCUAGUCCAUUAUUAUAUUGGUUUUCUGUUCAUUAUUUGAUGGAUGGUGAAAAGUUUUGUGAUAUAAAUAAUAUUAAGAGGUUUUCUGUUAAAAAAAAAAUAAUAUUGUUGUAUUAUUUUUCAUAUUAUGUUGUUGGAAUUGCUUUGUUUUGUAAUUUUUUGCCCUGGACCUGAAUGGAAAAAUAAUGUACAGAUAAUAAAAUUAAUUUUAAUUGUAUCAGUCUUGCACAUAAUAUUAAGUAAAUAUUAUUGUUCAGUUGAAAUCAUGAGUGUCAUUUUCCAUUGAUGUAAUGAAAAUAUCCAACAAUAAAUAUUAUUGUAAACAUCCAA